CGAUGAAGCAACGCGAGCUUUGGCAUUGAAAAUUGCCAGAGCAUAUCAAGCUUAUAUUGCUUCGUCAUGGCUGCCACACAGUUCGACGCCGGCCAGAAUGAUGCACUCGCUGGUCAGCAAGCUCAUGAGCAUGCUGUCGGCAUUGAUGUCUUUGUCGGCGCAAAUACUCAUGCAUUCGGUUGUGUAGUGAAGCAGAGAUACACGGACUUUCUGGUCAACGAAAUUCUACCUGGUGGUCGCGUACUACACUUGCUGAGACUCGACGAUGGCGACACAGCCGACGAUGCAAAUGCUAUCCAGCCUGCCGCCGAAGGGACAAAUGACAAACCAGUUCCUGAUGUCCAGGGAGCGGCAGGAAAGGGCGAUGUCGCCGUGCCAGGAACAUCAGAGGUGGAUACGCCGGCCGCCAAACUUGUAGCCAUUGCUGGCAUCAAGGAAGAGGAUAGAAAUGCUCUAAUAAAACUGUUUGGCGGAGAAGUAGCUUCGUCUCUAUUCGACCUAUAUGCCUGCACAGUCGUAUUUCCUCAUCGUAAGCCUCGCGAUCAACCAACCGUUCUAUCCAAGCCCUUCUCCGAAAAAUCGCAACGGACAGAGGCCCAUACAGCCAUUCGUCGCAUUUUCGGUGCCAACAGAUUGGAGUCAAUGACUGUGCAGGAUCCGAACAACCCAGCUUCGCCUGCCACUGUUAUCUCCAUCAGAUCUACUCCGCCAAAGGCGCCCGUCGAUCCAAACAAGGAUGAGCAACAAAAGGGUAAGAUCAUCUGGUCGGAAUUAGGAGGAGAAUAUUUGCAUUUCAGUCUAUACAAGGAGAACAAGGAUACCAUGGAAGUACUAUAUUUCAUCGCAUCACAACUCAAGUUGCACAUCAAGCAUUUCUCAUUCGCUGGAACGAAAGACCGCAGGGGAGUCACAGUGCAACGAGUGGCGGUUCAUCGAAUUAAACGCGAGCGAUUGGAAAGCUUGAAUCGUAUUGCACGAGGCUUCAGGUUGGCCGGUCCUUGGGAACACAAAUCCGAGGCUCUUGCUUUAGGAAUGUUGGGAGGCAACGAGUUCGUGUUGACGUUACGAGACGCUCGAUUCGCUAAUGAGCAGCCCACUUGGUGUAUCGAGGAGCGCCUAAAGCACGCUUCUGAGAUUGUGUCAAUUGCAGCGAAAAGUCUGAGCACAGCCGGAUUCUUGAACUAUUACGGCUUGCAACGAUUCGGCACGCACAGCAUCGGCACGCAUUCGAUUGGAAUGAAGAUCCUGAAAGGAGAUCUCAAGGGUGCUGUGGAUGGAAUUCUUUCGUAUGAUCCUGCUUUGGCUGCUCUAGACGUGGACCAGCAAGAUGGUCAGGCAGCGAAUGGUCACAGCGUUAAGUCACUGGUUCCGCGAGAUGACAUCAGCCGUGCCAAAGCCAUACAUGCCUUCCGAUCUGGUGCAAAGGUAUCCGAAUCGCUCGCGUAUGUGCCUGGUCCUCGGUUCUCCGCCGAGAAGGGCAUGAUUACCUUUUUGAGCAAGAAGGAUCACAAGACUGGCGCGAAACCCAACGAGACCGAUUACCAAGGCGCGAUUCUACAAAUUCAGCGAAACCUGCGCCUGAUGUACAUUCAUGCUUAUCAGAGCUUUGUGUGGAAUACUGUCGCAGGAAAACGCUGGCAACAAUUUGGUGCAAAAGUCGUUGAGGGCGAUCUCGUGAUCGUCGGAGACAAAGAGCGUGAGGAAGGCAUCGCCAACGGCUCAAACACGCGCAAAAAUGAAGUAGACGAGAACGGUGAGCCGAUCGUGCAUCCCACAGCAUCUGCUGCGGUCGGUACAGAGGACGCGGCGGGCGCUCCGGAUGAUGCGGAGUACACGGACGAUCCUUUCAUUCGUGCGCGACCUCUAAGCAAGGACGAAGCCGAGAGCGGACGAUACACCAUAUUCGACGUCGUUCUGCCUCUGCCCGGCUACGAUGUACUGUACCCCAGCAACGAUGUCGGGAAGUUUUACGAGGAAUUCAUGGCAUCAGAAAUCGGUGGCGGUCUCGACCCACACAACAUGCGUCGCGCUUGGAAGGAGAUUUCCCUCUCGGGUGGCUACAGGAAGAUGAUGGCCAGACCUCUGGGCCAGGGAGUAGAGGUUGACGUCAAAGCUUACCAGAGCCCUGACGCGCAGCUCGUUCAGACUGAUCUUGAGAAGCUGGAAAAGCGCGGGCCGGCCUCCACCAGCGUUCCACAGUCGGCUGAAGAACAAGCACAGACUGGCGGCAAGGACCAGCUCGCGAUCCUUCUGAAACUCAAGCUCGGGAGCAGUCAGUAUGCGACCAUGGCAUUGCGCGAGUUGACCAAGGGUGGUGCUGCCGGCUAUCGCCCCGAGUACUCGCUGUCGAAGCGAUAG